ACCUAAUCUGGUAGAGUUCUGAUUCUGCUGCUUUACUUUCUCUUUCUGGCAGAUAUCAGGCUAGUGCUAAUAGGUUCUUUUGUUACCACAAGUUUUUAUUGUCAUUAAAAAAGAGCCUCAUCAUGAAUAUACUGCCAAAGAAACGGUGGCAUGUUCGAACCAAGGACAACAUUGCAAGAGUGAGGCGAGAUGAAGCUCAAGCUGCUGAAGAAGAGAAAGAACGGGAAAGGCGUGCAAAACUUGCAGAACAAGAAGCCCGAACUGCGCUACUACGAAGCCGAGCUCGUGGGGCAAGCGGUGGCGGUGAUGUGUCUCUUCCUCAGAUCAACUUUGUGGGACCUGGCAAGCCUAACGCAGCGCAUGACGAGAGACGAGCCAACGACGAGAAGAAACCGUGCAAUGAUUCCUUGGACUCCUUCAGUUUGGAAAUCAGCAAGCCGUCGGCUGACAUUUAUACAGAAUCUGGCAACAUUAAUUUCUUCAAGGACCUUGAAAACGGAGUUGAAUCCACUAACGGCCUCACAAAUAAAGAACACGAGGCCGAAGAGAAAGCUGAAAAAGAGAAGUACGAGAAGCAAAUAGGCUUGCUCACGUACCUGGGUCAGGACUCUCUGGAAGCAUCCAAGAGCAAGGAGUGGUACCACGAUGCAGGUCGCUGCAUUUCAUCCCUCUGGACCCGCAGGGACGUCACCGAGAAGUGUUCGGUGCAGUCGAGCGCCGACGACGGUGAUGCGGACGCGGAAGUUGGACUGAAGUACAAAACCUCUCAGGAUCCUCUCAAUGAUAUGAUCAAGUAUGCUGGCUGGAAACGUACUAAAUCCAGUGUGCAGCCCGAGGGCUUCGUGCAAUUUGGAGUUGAUAGCAGUGCACAAAUGUCCAAUGACCUAUCCGCGACUCUUUCUGUAAGAAAGCAUAAAAAGAAAUUGAAAAAACAUAAGGAGAGACGGAAAAAAGACAGAAAAAUUACUGAUAACUGCAAAAUCAAUUCUAAGAAAAGAAAAAAUGAAUCCUCAAAAAGCUCAAAGUCAAAAAAAUCUUGUUCGUUAAAGAAAAAGCAUAAAAAAUCGAAGGAGUCUCAUCCUCAUUCCAGUAGUUCAUCUUCGUCAGACUCAGAAGAUGAUCCUGAAGAGCGUGAGCAACAGAGAAAAAAACUAGCAAAACUCCGAGAAGAAAGACUGGCAAGAGAAGCAGUCGAGCGGCAGCGCGAGAAGCGACUGCUGGCGGGGCUGGACCCUGACGCGCCCGAACGCGUCGUCGAGACCCCAGCGGUAAGACAGAAGUACAGUUCUCAGUUCAACCCGCUGCUGGCGAGGCAGAACAAAGGCCUUCAGUCGGGCGUGAAGUACUUCUGAAAAUCAUCGUAUAACUUUCAGCCAUCUGCAACAUGAAUUUAUGGCUUGGUUACUAUUACCGGAGUUCAAUGCGGCAAUAUAACAAAUGCUAUGAUACAAAGCGUUUAUAGCAAAUCGGAUAUUCGUUUGAUGAAGCGAAAAUUCUUUGCCUCUCUUAUUAAUAUAUUGACUGACCAACAAUGUUUGAUUCUUUAAAUUGCCGUUAUUUCUUCACAAGCCAGUCGCUGUGAAACGUAACACACACCAAGACGACCCAAAGCCUUGAGCUAUUCUGCUUGUGCACAGUGCAGAAGCUUGCAAGAAAGAAUCAAGCAACUCAACUCUUAAAGCCAUGAACGUAAACGCUGAAGUCGUUGAAAGUUAACCAAGAAGGAUCUAGCCUGCUGGAAUCGACGGCCGGUUGCGGAGAGGCAGGCGAGUGAAGCACGUGGAAGUUGCUUAUCAUUACUCAACUGGAGCACAUAACUGUGACACGACCUGAAGUGGGGGCGCGGACCCCUGCUCUUUGAAACGUGAAUCACAUGGGCCUUGAGUGUAGAAAUUUGCUUCAGGAUCUGAGAAAUAAACGAUAGACUGAAGUUCUCUUUAAUCGUAAAAUGUUCUGCAAAGCUAAUGAGAACACUACAAGCUGAACUAAUAUCUCGAGGGCGCAGUGCUUACCAUCUCGUCCAAUGAACGACGCGGUCCUAACAGACAGAGGAGGACCAGUUUCAACAACCACGUUGGCUACGAAGCAGAUAUGUAAUUUAGUUAUAUUAUGGAUGAAACGAAAAAUUUCCGAGGUUAGAAUUUUAUUUUAAUAAACGUAUAACAUUUCAAACACAUCAUUUAACGUACAUUUAUUUUUAAUACCUGCAUAUUAGAGAUGGUUCGUUGGAACAAUUGUGAGUCGACAACGUUAGGCACUUAAGUUUUAAAAUCAUGCAAACCUUACAUUAAUGUUGCCUGCAGCUUGGCUAU